AUGCGACGACGGCGAGGCAGGGAAACGGCGAGACGAGACGACGGCGAAACAGGGAAUUGGGGAGACGGCGAGACGGGGCGACGGGGCGACGACGAAACAGGGAAACAACGAGACGGGAUGACGGCGAAACAGGGAAACGGCGAGACGGCGAGACGGGGCGACGACGAAACGGGGAAACGGCGAGACGGGAUGACGGCGAAACAGGGAAACGGCGAGACGGCGAGACGGGGCGACAACGAAACAGGGAAACGGCGAGAUGGCGAGACGGGGCGACGACGAAACGGGGAAACGGCGAGACGGGAUGACGGCGAAACAGGGAAACGGCGAGACGGCGAGACGGGGCGACAACGAAACGGGGAAACAGCGAGAUGCGACGACGGCGAGGCAGGGAAACGGCGAGACGGGGCGACAACGAAACGGGGAAACGGCGAGACGGGGCGACGGGGCGACGACGAAACGGGGAAACGGCGAGACGGGAUGACGGCGAAACAGGGAAACGGCGAGACGGCGAGACGGGGCGACGGUGGGGACGAACAGGCAACAACGGGUAAAUGGGGGAACAGGCGAGGGUAG